AUGGAAAAUAGCCCACUGAUUGGAUCUCAUGUGGUUGGAAAAGCUUUUCGAGAAGAGAGGCCUUUUCGUAGGGCUCCAGUUCCACGCUUGGCAGUACAAAUGAUGUUUACGUGGAUCGGCGACGAAGGAGUCGACAUCGGUUUCAUGCGACUUUCCAUGUACACUACACCAGGAUUACUUGCCAUCCUGAAGAUCAAAUCACCGCCUUUUCUAGUGCUCUUCUUGGAUGAUGGUCUGGAUCGGUUCAGCAAUCCGAACACGGACAGAGUUUCCGCUUACAGUAUCGCCGCGGCCAGUGAUUCCGAUUUUGGUGAGUGUUUCUAG